UUUUAGCCAUGGUCGAGAUUAUAGAAGGGUUACGAUUUGCCAGUGCACUUGCCGAGCUUAAAUGCAGAAUCCAAAAAGAUGAAAAAAUUGAGCCAUACAGCGAUAUCCUGGAUGACAAAUUCUUAAUGGGUUUUCUCCGUGGGAAGAAAUGGGAUGUGGACAAGGCCAUGAUAUGCUUGCAACACUAUAUAAAAAUGAGGACGGUAAAAUACAAAAAUUUUACCAAACUUUAUCGCCCAUCGACCGUAAAGUUCUUGGACAAAGGUGUCCUUAACCUCUUGAAGCAUCGGGACCCUCAUGGAAGACUCGUUCUACUGGCACAAAUUAAUAAAUGGUCACCCUCCGAAAUCCCGGCGGAUGAAGCGAUCGCCACCGCUUUAUUUAUCGUGGACGAAGGGAUCCGCUCCUUUUUAUCCACUGGAAACGAAUGUGUCGCGAUUUUCGACUGCGCCGGCAUCACUUUCGCCCAAGCGAGGAAUGCAACCCCAAAAAAGAUAAUUCUACUAAUCGACAUGUUUACCAAAAAUAUUCCGACGAAACCGAAAGGUGUGCAUUUCAUUAAUCACGGAUUUAUAGUGCACCACUUGUAUCGCUUCGCGAGCCCCAUGCUGGAGAAAAAAAUUCGUGAAAGGGUGCACUUCCACUCCAACACGAGCCAAUUGCAUGGACACAUCCCAGCCAAAAUCUUGCCAACUUCUCUCGACGGGGAAUUAGAAACGGAAGAUGCGUUUGACACCAGUCAGGAUGCCGUGGUCAGGGGAAAUGACUAUUUUUAUGAAAGAUUAGCCAGCGAACUACAAAUAGUCAAAAAGUGACUUCCAAAAUAAAAUCGUGGUUCGCGACAAGUUAUUGAAUUCUUUUAUUAUUUAAUUUUACGUAUUGUUACAAGUUUACAUAUGGUGUCGAGCAUGUUAUACACAGUACAAAUUUAUAUGUGUAAUUUACACUUAAAAACUAGUUAGGUCUGUACAUAUUUAUGAGAUCACGUCAAUUUAAACACAUUGUAAUAAGUAUAUUUACGCAAUAAAUUAUUUUAUAUAACGCAAAAUUAUGUGACUUUUAUUCACGGGUCGUGCAGUAAGUAUGAGAGACCGAUCAAGGGGAUAAUUGUAAAUAUAUUAAUUAUGGCAUGGGACAUGUUCAUGAAUUGAGGGAGGUGGUGAUCAAAACUCUCCGAAAUAGAUGAAAUGCCUUAUGUAGG